AAAAAAAAAAAAAAAAACACAUGGCGUAGACGACGCCAACCGCGCUCUCUAACUAAACCGCCACCCGCGGUCGUCGUCGUCGUCGUCGUCGUCUCGCAUUUUCUCGCCGAAACUGUGGGCGCUCGAAGAGGCGAUGCUCGGGAGCAGGGUGGGAGCUCUCCUUCGUCGGAGCACCAAAACCCUAACCCUAAUCUCUCGGGAUCUCAGAGGCUCUCCUAGGGUUUACUCCCAUGAGCACCCCCUACUCUCUAACCCUUCGCGAUUCGCCGUCUCGGAACCCUGCGAGAGAUGCUUCCUCUCCAGAUACAGCUCCUUCUCCGCGUUCAGAUCCCUACCGAAGAGCUUAUCUGGUCAAUCUUCAAGGAAAAUGUCCACUUCAGCGACGCUUCUGAAUAAAACCAGGACAGAUGUAACAAAUGCAGGAUUGAAAUUACUCGUUACGAAGGGACCCCAUGCACAAAAGGUAGUCGGGAUAUGGCUUUUUGGUUGUGCUGCUUGGGUUUUCAGUUUGGUGGUUCUUGGUGGAGUCACGCGCCUCACUCGUUCUGGUCUAUCGAUGACCGACUGGAAAUUCACUGGUGCUCUGCCUCCAUUGUCAGAGGAUCAGUGGCGUCUUGAAUUUGAGAAGUAUCAGCAAUCGCCCGAAUACAAGCGGGUGAAUAGAGGAAUGAAUAUGGAAGAUUUUAAGUUCAUUUAUUGGAUGGAAUAUGCACAUCGGAUGUGGGGAAGGGCGUUAGGUGUUGUGUUUGCUGUCCCAUUUGCAUAUUUUCUCGCAAAAGGGUACAUUACCCGCCAACUUGGAGUUAGACUGUCAGCUCUUUUUGCUCUUGGUGCUGGGCAAGGACUUAUCGGCUGGUGGAUGGUAAAAAGUGGUCUGGAGGUAUAAAAAUCCUUCAAUCUUCU